AUGAAUUUUGAAACAGUUUUCAUGGGACCUGGUUGGAUUUGUUUAAUUUCCCCGCCGUUGUCUGCAUUCGCUCCCUUAAGAAACCCUUUGGGUGUUUUUACUAGUAGCUUUUUUCCUGAAGUUGAUAGUGUCUUACAGGGAACAACAGAGGUCGUUCGGGCUGUGCGGUUUGGGUUCAUGUCAAAUGAAGAAGUCAGGCGCCAGAGUUCAGUGAAGAUCACAAACCCUAAUUUGCUUGAUGCGUUGGAUAAUCCAAUUCCAGGUGGACUAUAUGAUCCUGCCAUGGGGCCCCUGGACGAUUUAUCUCCAUGUAAAUUAUGUGGUCAGAGAUCAUACCACUGUGGUGGUCACUGUGGCCACGUUGACCUUGUUUCGCUCUCCUACAAUCCGUUGUUAUUCAGGACCCUGAGCAAACUUUUGAAAAAUACAUGUCUUUAUUGUUUUAAAUUUCGAUUGAACAGAAGUGAGGUGGCGAAAUGUGUUUCUCGGUUAGAAUUGAUAGGAAAGGGCGACAUUAUCAGGGCAAGAGAGGUGGGUUUGGAAAAGGCGGUCUCACUGGUUAAUGUAACCGAGACAAAGGAAUCUAAGCAGACAUCAUGGGAUUCUUGUCUGCUAACUGAAGCUAUUGGGGUAUUGAACGAAUUAAAACGGCCUAAGGAUUGCAAGAACUGUGGACGCGAGGGCCCUAAGAUCAGAACACCGACAUUUGGAUGGUUUCACGUGGAAGAUACCUCCUUUACUGAACUCAGAGGGAUCGUCAUACAGAGCAGAGGUUCGGAUCUGAGUCACAGUGGAAGAGGUGAGGGUACUCCUUCAUCUGAGGUUUUAGAUGCUGACUGUUCGUGGAAGGAUGAUUCUGAGAUAAUGGAAGCCCAUUCGAUUGACAAUAAAGUUGUAAAUCAAGAAAAUAACUCAAAUCAUGGAUUAAUUGAUACAAGUAGUCUGCCUCUUUUACCAACAGAGGUUAGAGAUAUUCUGAGGCGCUUGUGGGAGAAUGAAGCUCCUCUAUGCUCAUAUUUAUAUGAUAUUCAGCAUCGGGAAGAUAAAAUUUCUGGAAAUGCAACUGGCUAUUCAAUGUUUUUCCUAGAGAACGUUCUUGUUCCGCCAAUCAAAUUCCGACCUCCAGCAAUAGCCGGUCAUUCGGUGAUGGAGCAUCCACAUACUGUUCUAUUGGGGAAGGUGCUGCAGUCGAAUAUUGCUUUGAGAGAUUCUCAACUUCAUAAUAGUGAACGCCCAAGGAUAAUUGCUUGCUGGGUUGAUCUGCAACAGUCUAUCAAUGUGUUAUUUGAUAGCAAAACUGCAACCAGUGAGCCUAUUUCUGAGGACUGUCAAGCUCAAAUUAAAAAUUCUGGAAUAUGUCAGUACCUUGAACAUAAAGAAGGUCUGUUCCGUCAGAAUAUGAUGGGCAAAAGGGUCAAUUUUUCAUGCCGAUCUGUCAUUUCCCCAGAUCCUUACUUGUCAGUCAAUGAAAUCGGAGUUCCACCGUGCUUUGCAUUGAGACUGACAUAUCCAGAGAGGGUUACUCCUUGGAAUGCUGGAAAGUUGAGGGCUGCCGUCAUAAAUGGUCCUGAAAUUCAUCCUGGAGCUACAACUUACGUUGAUAGUAUGACCACUGUGAAACUGCCACAGAGCACAAAGAUGCGUGUGGCAAUAUCAAGGAAAUUACCUUCUUCACGAGGGAGCAUUACCGAAUCAGGGAAUGAGCUUGAUUUUGAGAGUAAGAUUGUCUAUCGCCACCUGCAGGAUGGUGAUAUUGUGCUUGUAAAUCGGCAGCCUACACUUCACAAGCCCAGUAUAAUGGCUCAUGUUGUUCGUGUGCUGGAAGGUGAAAAAACACUUCGCAUGCACUAUGCAAACUGCAGCUCAUAUAAUGCUGACUUUGAUGGCGAUGAGAUCAACGUGCAUUUUCCCCAAGACGAAAUUUCUCGAGCUGAAGCAUACAGCAUCGUUAAUGCUAAUGAGCAGUACAUAGUCCCUACAAGGGGUGAACCUGUGAGAGCCUUGAUUCAGGAUCACAUUGUAGCUGCCGUGCUUCUGACAAUGAAGGAUACAUUCCUUAGUUGGAGUGAUUUCAGCCAACUGCUUUGUGGGUCUGGUGUUUUUGCAGCAGGGCCUGGUUCACGUCAAGUAAUCCAUUCCUCAAAGUUUUCAAGAGUAGAUUGUGAAGGCCUUGUGGAGUCUGUCUUGCCUGCAGUGUGGAAACCAGUGCCCCUUUGGACAGGAAAACAGGUAGUUACAGCACUACUGAAUCAUAUCACUCAAGGCUGUGCGCCUUGUAUCACAAAAAAUCAGGGGAAAGUCCCCAAGACCUAUUUUACUGGGACCAGCUUCCAAAAUGAUGAGGAUGAAGAAGAUCAAAAUGCUGAACAUGAAUUGUUAGUCUGGAAAAAUGAGCUCGUGCGUGGUGUGAUAGACAAGGAUCAAUUUGGGAAGUUUGGUUUGGUUCACACUGUGCAAGAGCUCUAUGGGUCUGAUAGUGCGGGUAUUUUGCUUUCUGCAUUGAGCCGCUUGUUGACCAUCUUUCUGCAGAUGAAUGGAUUCACAUGUGGGGUAGAUGACCUUGUUAUAUUGCCUCAUUAUGAUCUCCAACGGAAAGAGAAACUCGAAGGAGAAGAUGUUGGUGAAGAGGUUCACUGUGAAUUUGUUAAUUUCAAAUCUGGGCAAAUAGGCCCUGAAGAACUGCAGAUGGAAAUCGAGAAAGCCAUAUGCAGUGACAGAGAAUCUGCUACGGCAUCCUUGGACAUGAAAAUGAAGAACAAAUUGACAAGUAGGUUGACUAAAGAAGGUUCUGAGAUGUUCAAGCAAUUACUGACUGUGGGAUUAUUAAAACCUUUCCCAAAGAACUGCAUCUCUGUCAUGACCACAGCAGGCGCCAAAGGUAGCACGGUGAAUUUCCAACAAAUAUCUGCCUAUCUAGGGCAACAGGAGCUCGAAGGUAAAAGAGUCCCUCGAAUGGUUUCUGGGAAGACUUUACCAAGCUUUCCUCCAUGGGAUUUCUCGUCUAGAGCUGGAGGCUUUAUUAGUAGUUGCUUUCUUUCUGGCCUUCGGCCUCAGGAGUAUUACUUCCAUUGCAUGGCUGGUCGGGAAGGUUUAAUUGACACUGCAGUGAAAACGUCUCGCAGUGGAUACCUACAACGAUGCCUGAUAAAAAAUCUCGAGAGCCUAAAGGUUUGUUACGAUUUUAUAGUCCGCGACUCUGAUGGUUCCAUCAUUCAGUUCUAUUAUGGAGACGAUGGCGUUGAUGUGCACUGGACAAGCUUUCUAAAAAACUUCAAAGCACUUCAAGAUAAUGAAGAAACAUAUACUCAGAAAUUUCAAAACCAGCGGGAGUUCAAUAGUUACAUCACAAAAUUGCCCGAGGGGCUUGAAGAGGAAGCCAGGCGCUUUAUUCACGAGGCAUCAGAAAAACCGAACGCUGCGGAGUACCAUUUGCAUAAAAAGCGUAGGGUAUCAAAAAGUUCCAGAAAGGCUUUUUCUAGGGAGCAAGACAAGUUCUUGGAGCUGGUGAAGCAGAAAUAUUUGUCGAGCCUUGCACAGCCUGGGGAGUCUGUUGGCAUCAUUGCUGCUCAGUCAGUGGGAGAGCCAUCUACCCAGAUGACAGGACUUCUAGAAUUUGAAACGUUAUUUCUCAUUAAAUUAGCCGUGGUAAAUGUUAGAGAGAAUGAACUAAAACAGAUACUUAAAGUUAUCGGCAUGUAUAUGAACUGGCUACUCAACACUUUCCAUUUGGCUGGCCGUGGUGAAAUGAAUGUCACGUUAGGUAUCCCACGUCUUCAGGAGAUCUUGAGGACUGCAUCACGUGUUAUCAAGACUCCCAUUUUGACGUGCCCAUUAUCAGAAUUGAGGUCCAAGCAUGAUGUCAUUUCUCUCGUUUCGAAAGUGAAGAAAGUUACGGUAGCAGAUUUGGCAGAGACCAUGGAAGUUGCACUGUCGAUCGAGCCCUGUCAGGUGGCUAGAGUUUACAAACUGAAAAUGAGGCUAAAAGACACUGAGUUAAUAUCCUUGGAAGACACGCACGACACUCUCAGAACUGCAUUUUUACUGGAAAUGGAGAUUGCAAUCCACAGACACAUAAAAUUACUCACGAGAGUCAAUAGGAUUGAAGUCAGAGAAGAUAAAGUCUGUAGUUCAAGAUCAGAAGCAUCGGGUGAAGCUGGUGAUGAUAAUGCUGAUGGAAGUUAUGAUGAUGCUGAUGAUGACCAUGACACGGGAGAUGACCUUGGUUUGGACUCCCAAAAGAGAAAGCAACAAGCAAGAGAUGAAUUUUUUUACGAUGAUGGAAUGCAUGACGAACAUGACAGUGAUAAUGGUGAAUGUGAAAACUCUGAUGACAGAAAUGAAACUCGUGAUGCCCAAAGUGUGGAUGAGGUUACGUCAGAAGCUGAAUCCAGCCAUAGAAAAGGUGAAGCAGCUACAACUUCAGGAAGUUGUUACUUGAAAGUAAGAGGCUUGUCCAAUAGCAUAAAACCCAAGUCUGUGUACAUGUAUGUUGAAGGCCUGUCGUUCGAAGUGCACUUCAGAUUCACCACAGAGCCUCAUCUGUUGCUUGCUCAGAUUGCCCAAGCUGCCGCAAAGAAGGUGUGCAUCAAGAAAAGGACGGCCGACCUUGGCAACUGCAAGAUGGUCCAAUACGACCCUGAAGAAAAAACCGUCAUUUGGGAUGAUGAGAAGAAAAGUCCACCACAUGAUGUUUACUGGGCAGUGAAAGCUUCGGGAGUUGAUCUCAGUUCAUUGUGGACUCAAAUGGACGGCUGGGAUUAUCUGGACCUGACCCGUCUCUACUCAAACAACAUCCAUGCAAUGCUCGACAAUUAUGGGGUAGAGGCGGCACGAGCCACACUGAUAAGGGAAGUCACACAGGUUUUCGAAAUGUAUGGAGUGAAGGUUGACUACAGGCACCUGAGCUUGAUAGCUGACUACAUGACCCACACAGGUGGGAUUCUGGCCAUGAACAGGAGCUCUAUUUCCCAAUCCAUGUCGCCAUUUCUUAAGAUGACGUUCGAGACAGCAUCCAAGUUUGUGGUCCAAGCUGCAUCUAAUGGGCUGAUGGACGAGCUCGAGAGUGCUUCGUCUCGGAUUUGUUUGGGAUUGCCAGUGAAGAUGGGUACGGGAUGUUUCGACUUGAUAAAUGCAUUGUGAUGGCCUUUUUGUCGAGAGUUGGGGUAGNGGUUU